AGAAUGGCCGAGGGGCUCCCCGGAGUAAAGCACGGUAACUGCACACUCUUGUUCAUCCCUGGGAGAAGAGGAAACUGCAGUUUUUGUGUUGGAUGGAGGGUGGAGAGGGGGUGGUGCAUGGUUUCAGGCUGGACAUCUGUCGCUUUUGAGUAUUUUUUCUUUUUUUCUUUUUUUUUUUUCUAGGCCGGGUCUCUCGGUUAUUGAAUGGAGCCAGUGACCUGUCAGUCUUGACUGAUGGGACCCCGUGUGUGGGAAAAUCCCGCAGCCAAAGAGUUGGAGCAUUCACAUGCUAAUGGGGCCUUAUAAAUACGAGGGCCGUGCCGCGCCGAGGGCCCUAGAGACGCGUUGAGAUUCAGAGGAGAAGGGGAACAGAAGCGCACGAGACACCCGAGGAAAAAACAUGACUGCUUCAUCUAUGGCGCACAACGUGGGGAAACAUCCCAGUGCCAAGGAGGAGAGAAAGCUGAGGAAGCCGCUCAUUGAGAGGAAACGACGGGAGAGAAUAAACAAUUGUUUGGACCAGCUGAAAGAAACUGUGAUCGGGGCGUUCAGACUUGAUCAAUCCAAACUGGAGAAAGCUGAUAUCCUAGAGAUGACGGUGAAACAUCUGCAGAACAUCCAGGGCAAUAAACUCACCGACCCAACAUCAGGCCUGGAGGCCCAGCAGAAAUACAGCACGGGAUACAUCCAGUGCAUGCACGAAGUCCACAACAUGCUCCUCACUUGUGAGUGGAUGGACAAAACUCUGGGCUCACGCCUCCUCAACCACCUCCUCAAGUCCCUGCCCAGGUCCACCGAUGAGCGCCCCCUCAGCCAGCCCACACCCAGACACAGUGUCCCUCCUCCAGCCAGCCAAGGUGUCCCCGGCACACCCCUCAGAGGAGAAGCCCUGCCUGGGAGGCAGCUGCAGAGAGAGGGGCCCACCUGCCACGUAGCUGGACGUCAGGAGAGAGAGAGAGCUGCGCUCCACAGCUCCCACCUGGGGAUGCUGGAGAUGUGGAGGCCCUGGUGAACUGAUGGAUUAAUGAUCUUGGUUCUCCAUUUUGUUAGACCAUCCUCUGUUAUGUAUCUUAUAGAUAUGCUGCUCAGAAGACAAACGUGGGGCAGUUUUGUUCCAGUGACUAUUAUUGUAGGUGUGCUAUAAUGAUUCUAUACAGACCUUUUCUCAGUACUUCCCUUCAGAAGUUGACUUCUUGUAGCCUGCAUUAUAGAAGGCUCUUAUUAAUCUUUCAUGUAUUUAUUGUAUUAACAGGUUUAUUUAUUUCAUAUUAUAAAGGCAUGACUUUACUUCUUAGACCACCUUCUUGCCAUUGCAUAGAUUUUCAUGUCUUCCUCUAUUUCUGUAUAAUUAACCUAAACAUUAAUAAUAAUAAAACAUAUUUUACAUUUUA